CCUCAAUCCAAUUAUACAUGGCUACAUAUGAAAUUCAUAUCAUUAUACCUUGCAUAAAAAAUUGAAAGCUUGAAGCUGGAAAUUGAACACACACACUUCACCAGUGGGUUUCCAAUAUACUGCCUCAGGGGUUCUGUGAGGAUUAGGUACUGUGAGUAAGUAGCCCAGAAUCUGCUUCAGCAGAUUCAGCAGAAUCUUCAAAAGAUUGAGCAAAUAUUCUUGAUGCUAUUUAAUAAGGCAUGGAUGGGCCCUGUAACUCUCACGGUUACCUAGCUUUGUAAACAGGAAGGUUUGGAUUUGUACCAAGUGCUUUUCUAGGUGUCUCUCGGCAUCCCUCAGGAAGAUGUGGUCUCAGUCACUGUGUGUGGCAGCGUGAGUGCUUAGCCACAGUGCUUCCCCUUCUUGCUCAGUCCAUCUUGCUAAUGAUGAAGUUGGUUGAGGCUUGGGCCAACCACUGCUGAGCAGUACCAGCCUUCUUCACCAGGGGCCAUAUACACCUUGUCUUUAGAAGACUCCAUGCUUUUAUCUCGGAUUUGUACUAAGACCAAGGGUGACAUUAAAGGCUAUGUGUGGGGAGGGACUGCUAAAGAAGAGAAUGUAUUGAGGACAGGUUUUCAUGUACUUGGGAAUGCACAGAGCCCUACACCCCUAGGGGUCAACAGAGCCCUGGAGAAGGAUGUGAAAACAGUUUUCUCGCAUUCCCAUCAGAGCAGGUCACGUGCCUCACAUUGGUCAGGAAAUGGGAAGUUGCCCUCUGAGAAUUAAGACUUGGCCACAUACCAUGUGCUGAGUGCCACAGCCAAGCAGAGUAUCUUCUCAUUUUCCUUUAGGUCAGCACCACGAUGCGUCCUCAAGCCAUCAUUUCAGGUGUCAUUCCCCUUCUCCCAGAUAAAGAGAAUGAGUGGCGUACAGAAAGUGACCAUCUCACUGAAAGUUCAACCAGAAAUUCCAACAAGUCCUCCAAGGAGACUCACAAUGAUCAUAACAUCCACAACUACUUCAACAAGACUCACAGAUGCUCCAAAAUCAACCAGACUCUCCACCACCAGCAGACACACUGACACCCAAACCAGCUUGGUAGACCACAUCUCUAAGAUCGAAGCUUUGCAAAAUACAGUGGUCUUGAGGCCUCAAGGUGAAGACAUGGUCUACAUUAUGGAAGACAGUGCUCAUAUCAAAGAUUCAGUCACAGUUACUCACUGAAGGUCAUCCUCCUGCGACUGCAGCAGACACCAAUCGGAUAUGACCACACUGGACACCCUUUAAUUCCCAGGGCUAUUUUCAGUGUCAGUUCAUCUGGUGUCCCCACUUGUCACCAUUUGUGGAGAGAAUGCCUCUCAUUCACACUCACUGUUGAUAUCAUGCUUAGUCUCUCAAGUUACUGGGAGAGUGUUGUCUCAAACAUGGAUACUUUAGACUUUGAUAUUUUCUUUAGACCUCAUAAUUCUUGUAUUCAUGAAAGACAAUCAUUGGUACUUCAGGAAAUGGACUUCUAUCUUAGAUACUAAAACCAUCUAUAAGAGAGGAAUAAAGUUAAAAUUAAAAGAGGGGACUUAA